ACUUUUGGAAAUUUAGUCAUUAGCAGUUCAGUGAAGAAUCGACUGGUUGCAAUUGCAAUUGCCAGCCAAGUCAAAAAAUGAAAAUAGUUGUCUUGUUGGCGUUGUCUUUGCUAGUUACCUUGGCCAAUGCUCAAGGAAACUACAAAAAAGUUUGUUACUUUGCCAAUUGGGCGGUUUACCGCAACGGGCUUGGACAGUAUGGGCCUGAUAAAUUGGACGCAUUCGAAUGCACCCAUUUGAUCUAUGGUUUCAGCGUACUUGACCGCGUCACAUACGAAAUGAAAGUAUUCGACGAUUGGGCCGACAUCGGUCUAGGCGGUUACCAAACAUUCACCGGGUUGAAAAAUCAAAAUCCUAACCUUAAAACUUUGAUUGCGCUUGGAGGAUGGAAUGACUCGGCGUUCUCCACUCAAUAUUCAGAACUUGUAGCAGAUCCCGUGAAGAUGGCCAACUUUGUGCAAAAAGCUCUUGCUUUCGUCCUGCAGUACAAUUUUGAUGGACUGGAUUUCGAUUGGGAGUAUCCUGGUGAUCCGGGAAAACCCGAGGAUAAAGAGAACUUUAUCACGCUCUUGAGAAUGCUUCGCGACGCUUUCAAACCUCACAAUUUACUGCUCACGAUAGCAGUGUCUUGCAGUGCAGUACGGGCUGAAACGAGCUACAAUAUCCCGGCCAUUGCAGAAGCUGUAGAUUUCGUCAACUUUAUGACAUAUGAUAUCCACGGCGCCUGGGAAAAUCAAGUGGACCAUCACGCCCCGCUUUAUCGGCGUGACUUUGAAGAAGGCACUGAGGCGAUUUUAGUAGCCGAAUCAGUUGACUUUUGGCUGGAAAAUGGGAUGCCAGCCGAGAAAUUAAUUUUUGGUUUGCCAGCAUACGGUCGGAGUUGGACACUACAAGACCCAACGCAAACUGGCCUUUUAUCUCCUGCAACCGGAGCCGGUCCUGCAGGGAAGUACACCGGAGCAGAAGGUUUCCUUUCUUUGUAUGAGAUGUGCUUGUACCAACAGAGUGGGUGGACGACAGUGACCGACCCUCAAGGCCUGAUGGGCCCAUACAGUUUCAAAGGAACAACUUGGGCUUCAUGGGACGAUGUAGACAUGGCAAUUCUCAAGGUAAAAUACGCAAUGAGCAAAAAUUUGGGUGGAAUCAUGUUCUGGGAACUCAGUUUGGACGAUUUCCUUGGCGUCUGCAAUAUGGGUCCACGCCCCUUUUCGAAUGCCAUAACUGCAACACUCGAAGGACGGCCGUUUGACACCUCAACUCCGGCACCAACACCGACACUCUAUCCGCAAACCACUCAGCGCCCUAUAACGUGUACGAGUAACGGCCAAUAUUACGCUGAUCCGGCCGAUUGCUCUAAAUAUUAUCAAUGCGUUAAUCAACAGGUCAUCACUUUAUAUUGCCAAGCUGGUCUUGUUUUCAAUUCCAAAGUUAACGUGUGUGAUUGGCCUUAUAACGUACCAGGUUGCUACUAGAAACUCCCAGUUAAUAUGAAUUCUUUUCUCCGAUUAUUGUAUUUGCCCUAAAUUUUGAAUGAUUAUAUUUCUUAAUUUUUAAAAAAUUCAACUGCGAUUUUUUACGUUGUAGAAUAAAGCAGUUGGCGUAUUAGUUGAAUAAAGCAUCAUCAUUAUGAA